AUGGCUACACCAGGCACCGCAGUCCUUGAUGAUAUUCAACGACAUGUCUGGGCCGCAAAGAUACUGGUAGAAGUGCAAUUGUCAGCGUCUGAGUCGAGACAGUUUGACAAGUCGGAACCCUACAUGGAAGAGCUCAUAACAGACAUUGCUUCUAUCACGCCUGGUACCGGACAUUUCAGCUAUGAUGGUGUGCCGCUGAGGUGGCAUCUUCCCAUUGGACUUCUGUACGACUUGCAUAUACUGGCAACCCAAGAUGUUAGCCACGAUGAUUCUGGUCCUUCAACAGGCUCAAAGCACAAGCCAGAGCCUUUUCGUCUUACGGUCCACUUCUCCCAAUCCUAUAGAUCCAAGCAUGAGAACCAGUUGAUCGACCCUACGCCAGAUGUUGUGCAUGAUGCUUACGUUAAUUCCGUCAAAGAAGCCGAUUUCUUGCGAACCGGCACAGCCAAACCAAUCAUGAGCUUGUCAGCUACCGACAGCAAAUUACUAUGGAGUGCAACACAAGAAAGUGAUUCAGCCGUGUUUUCACGUAUAUACCAGAGUCUCCUUCCGUCGGACGCACCUUGGCGCAGUAUCCCACUAAGAGUUUACCUACCCUCAACGCCUAAUGACGCUGUGCCAGAGAGCGAAGUCGCUUCUGGUAGCACCAAAUCGCCAACCUCACAGGGACAAAUUCGGGUCAUACAAUCACAGAUAACACCCUAUGUAGCUGCCACUUCGACACCAGGAGCGAGUCAGCUUCGAGCAGCAGGUGCAGGACAAGGAACACCACAAACCCUUGGAAGCGCCCUUCACUCCCUUCUGCCCAGUCUGUUUCCUUCGAGAAGAACUCCAAUCCUAGCCAAGGCACUCCUUCAUGGAACAGUGUUGCCUAUGAAUGCGGUCUUGGAGGAAGUCGCAAGUAAAGCCUGCUAUGCUGAUGGCUGGGUAAACGUCGUGGUCGCAAUUACCACUUGA